CGGCAGGGGGCGCCUAUUCAACGUGUGUGUGAAAGUAGAGCGCGGAGACAGGAAGUGGCCCGAAAAGCCGUUUGAACUGGUUUAGUGUGGCCGGCGGCAGGGAAAAGGGAAAGGCGUUAGGGGCGGAGGAGAGCGACAGCUACUCGUAGGAACAGGCUUAAGGUGAGAUGAAGGUGAAAAUCAAGCAGUGGAACGGUGUGGCCUCCUGGCUGUGGGUGGCCAAUGAUGAGAACUGUGGCAUCUGUCGGAUGUCCUUCAAUGGCUGCUGCCCCGACUGUAAGGUGCCGGGUGAUGACUGUCCACUGGUUUGGGGCCAGUGCUCCCAUUGCUUCCAUAUGCACUGCAUCCUCAAGUGGCUGAACUCUCAACAGGUCCAGCAGCAGUGUCCCAUGUGCCGCCAGGAGUGGAAGUUCAAGGAAUGAAAUGAGCUCACCUGCUUUUGAACUAUUUUCGGAAGGCUGCAACACCGCACAAGGGGCUUGAAAAGUUGAAACGAGUCCAUUCCUUAUUUCACUUACCUCAUGAUUCAAGAACUUUGUGUCAUACUUUGCUGUGUAUGUGCAGUUUAAAUAACUAUGUCGCUGACUGAGCUCGGGUUUUGAUUUGAGGUCUCAAACUGCAAGUUGGACUUGGUCCACUCUCCACAAGCAGUAGAGUCCCCCUGAUGUUUUUUGUUAUAUUCUCUUGCACACUUGAUGAGCUUCAGAAUUUGCAAUGGUGCAUGAUCACAAAGUACAAUUUUGUAUCUUAAGGUUACAUUUACAUUUUACAUUUAUUUAGCAGAUGCUUUUCUCCAAAGCGACAUAUACC